UUUCCAGCGAAUGCUGGGCGAAUCGGGCUUGCAGGUUUCCCCCGUAUUUUUCGCACUGAAUAUGGCUUCCAUGGAGGUUGGUUGGGGCGGUAGGUGGCUGCGUGUGUGUGCCGGCGCUCUCUUCCCUGCGCCGCUCACCGCAGCAAUUUUAGACACAAGUUGAGUUGUGGCAGGAUCUAAACACCAGUUCACUUUCUGUAGAAGUGUCAGCUUGAAUCGAAGAGCCAUUGCAUAAACAGAUCGUCGAGGAACUUGUCUGCUUGAAUCGCCGAGGAGCCCCCUUUCCAGAGAAGCCCCGCCGCCUUCUGAGAAGGCCUUCUCCUUCUCGCUUCUCCCCCUCGCUCACCGCCGAACAUGGACGACAUCGUCGACGGGUUCAUGGGCGGGAGCAGGGCCGCCAGCAGCGGAGGCGCGGGCCCCCACUCCAGGGCCAGCCGGGGCCGCCCGUCGACGGCGCCCGCCUCGGCGGAGGAGGCGCAGGAGCACCGCUUCCACGAGGCGAGCUGCACCAUCGAGGCGUCAGCCCGGAUCUACGCCUGCCGUGUCGACUGCGUCCACACGGACACCUACCGUGUGCUCGGCGGUCUGAGCGCAGGCACAGAGGAAGAGGACGCAGCGGACUGGGCGGAGGGGCCCGGGAAGAAGCGGCGGCGCAUCUGCGGCGUGAGCACGUUAGAGAGGAACGAGGCCACCAUCAUCCAGCACCACUUCGAGGCCGACGAGCAGAGCGACCCGAUGUUCCGCCGCAUGGCCGCUGCGUUCGACGCGGGCGGGGCGAAAGGCCUGCUCCUCAGCCACCUGCCGGUCGCGGAGGACCUGUCGGUGGUGUUCAACGGUGAUGUGGCGAUGAGCAGGGCGCCCGCCGUGGCCAAGGAUAUGUUCUCGCAGCGAAGGCCACUGCCCGUGGGGGCGCUGGGCCUCGGCGAUCUGGACGACGCCCGCUCGAAGUUCGCAGAGGCGAGCCUCUGCCUCGAGAUCGACGGCUUCCGGCGGGUGCUCUUCGGGGCGCUGCCGGCGGCCUUGCCGCUGCCCGGCGCCCUCGAGUCGCUCUUGGGCUCCGCGGCCACCAGCACCUCGACGGCGACUACCGUGGCGCAGGCCCCCGAGAUGAUGUUGGAGGACGCGCUGUCAAUAGGCGCUGGCGACGCGGACCCUCCAGCCGCAGACGACGCCUGGGCCAACGAGAUGAACAUUCCUGAUCCGAUGGGCGACCCCGUGCCUUCCACCAGCUCGCAGCCCAUGUUUCCGACAGGCGGCGGCGGUGCCGGCGCCGUUGCGUUGCCUUUGGCUGACAUGGAGCCCCUGGGCGGCGACUUCCGCCGCAACACCAGCAGCAGCGAGGACGUGAUCGCGUUCGAUGAGUUGUUCGAGAAGUUCUGCGGUGGCGGAGGCUCUCACAGCUUCGCGUACUUCGACGAAUGCUGGGGGAGACUCACAGAUCCGAAGGCAUCGGCGGGGGCAAUUCAAGAUGCCGAAGCCCAGGCGGCGGCGGGUGGCGUCGGCGGCGACGAGGGCAUCCUGGCCGUCCCCGGAGACGCCCCGCCUGAAGCCCACGAGAGACCACAGAAGCGCCCGCUGUUCGACCUCACCAGCCUCGACAAGCCAGCGAAGGCCAUAGAGACGGAGCUGGUGCACAAGCACCAGUUGUCGGAGCGCGCGGCGCAGUGGCAGCUGCACAAGGACGUGCCCCCCUACAUGAUCGACAGCAUCACAAUGCCGAGCUGGCCCACGUGGUCCAAGUGCGACUUCGCCUGCCUGGGUCUGAGGCCGCAACUGAUGCUCAAGCUGGUGAAGAAGCCUCCGCCAGCAGGCGAUGGGCCUCACAGUUUCUCGGACCUCUUCUCCACCGUCGUGGUCGAGAACCCAGACGCAUACCCCUGGCUCGUGGCCAACAGCAGAAGUGGAAAAGGCAACGGCCACGACAGCAUCGACAACAGGAUCCGUGCGGCAGGGGGCGUGGAGUUCGGCGAAGAGGGCGGCGACGAGGACUUCGACGGUGCAGGCCUGCCGACUCACCUCGACGUGGACCCAGCCGACCUGUUCCUGCAGGCAAACGACAGAGUGGUCCCCGACUGCGACAGCGACGGCGCCGCAGACAUGGAUGCCUACGACAACGAGCCCGGCUUCCAGCCAGGCGCGGACUUCGGUUUGGCGGACGAGCCAACGAAGGUGGGGGACACGUCGAUCGGCUACAGUCGGAACUCGAAGUUCGUGGACGUCAAGUUGGUAAAGAAGCUUCUUUGGGAGUGCAUGAGCGAGGACAUAGGCGACGCAAAGGCUGCAGGUGCAGCCGAGGCCGAGACCAGCUUCCAGGGCCUGGUCAACCGCACUUGCAAGAGGAUGCCCAGGAGCGAGAUGGAGAACCUGAGCAACCAGGUCUGCUUCAUCUGCGCAUUGCACCUCUGCAACGAGAAGGGACUCGAGCUCAAGACUGACCCGUCCAAGCCGCUGCAGGACUUCAAGGUGGGCGACGCAGAAAAACGGGGUCGUCUUCACCGACAUUGGCGUGGCGCGUAAGCGUCCUGCGUAUGGUCGCGCUUCGUAAGCGCCCUCGUUUCAAAUGUGGCGUGCCAUACUGGCGGCCCGCGUAGGCCACCGCGUAAGGUCGCUAUGCCAUCUCGCAUAGGACCUGUUUCUUUUCGCCGUUGAGGUGGUGGGAAGGGCGUGAGCCCGAGCGCGCGCACGGCGCGCCCAAGGGCGCCCAGCAUCCAGAAAUGCGGGCGGCAUCGGGCGCUCCGCCCCGCUGAGGCUUCGUGGCAGUGCACCUCGGCGGAGGCCGCCGUGCCGCGCUCUUUUUUGCUGUUCCUCUCCGCGCUGCGCCAGAGCUCCCGCCCCCUCGGAGGAUCUGCAGCGGUGGGGCAGGUGUGAGGGGGGAGGGGGGGCUCAGCCUUUGCAGCGGAGGGACAGGACCAGCAGCAUAACUCGAAUUCGUGAGGCUGCAGCACAGCGUCCCUUUUGGCCCGCGCCACGCUUGCAAGAAGCGUCGCGCGCGCCCCAAUGUUUGCCCACCCUGGCUAGGGACGACGUCGCGGGCGGCACCAGGGAGGUGCCCCCCCCCGUCCGACGGCGCGCCAGCGAGGGGCAGUUGCACGCGCACACUCCAGCGCGCGAGACGGCGUGGCGGAGUCCAGGUUUCCUGGAUGCACCUCUGCGGCAUUGGUGUUUUGGGUCGGGGUCGGAGUUUCUUGAAGCACUCGUCCGAGUGCGCAGAGCGGGAGCGGUAUGGGGACGCGCCCACCCGGGACGCAGGUGGAUCGCCUUCUCCGGAGUCGAGGCGGGGGUCAGCACGGCCAGCAGCCGCAGGGCUGGCAGCGCAGCGGUAGCAGUUACGGCCGCCAGCAACAGCAGUUGGCAGCGGCAGCUGCAACAGCAGGGAG